CCACAGUGAGGAAUCUGAUGGUUUCUUUUCUUUCCUUUCUUUUCCCCUCCUACUCUCUCUUCUUCAUGUGUCUGUCCCAAUGGAAUGUUCUUUUCCGGGGCAGGUGCCGCGGUCCGGCAACAGGAACGCGCCGACGUGUCCCGUGCGCCCACCGUGCCAACGCCAUCCCGGUUGCCGCCGCGGCUUCCUCUUCUCACGACUCCCGUUGAUCCGCGCCACACGGUGACACGCCGCCCCACUCGACGCGCGCGCUUCGCUUCGCCCGUCCGGGCGUUCACUGUCCCGAGCUCUCGCGCCGCGCCCUCACGAUGGCCGCGCCCGGCGACGGCGGCAUUGGCGAAGCGGAGGCGGCGAGCGCCACGAGGAACAGGAGGACGAUCUACGACUACCUCGGCGAAGGCGAGGAGGGCGAGGGGGCCUGCUCGCCGCCGUCCCCGGGGACGCCGCCGCGGCUGCGGCUCCCGCGGUUCACCUGUGCCAGGAUCCGGUUCGGCCGGAAGCGCGGCGGCAGCCGCGCAGGCCGGGAGGAGGCCGAGGAGAGCGGCGGCGCGUCGUCGGCGGACUCCCCAUCAGGUGCGCGGCGCGCGCGCGGAUCGUCGAAGCAAGCUGCGGGAAGCACCGCCACCAGCAGCGGCACCAGCAGUGGGGCGGCGGCGCAAACAAGCAUGGGGCUGAGCAUGCUCCUCCUCCUCGCGAGGACCUGCGUGGAACUGAACCGGAUGGCCGAGGUGCGCGCGCAGAUGGAGGCGCUCCUCAAGGAGAUCAGAGACGAGGCCGGCAGGGUUAAGGGCGCCGCGGAUCACGCCACCGUCACGCCGAGGACCUGCGACGGCAACCUGCCGUCGACGUCGAUGACUACCGCGUCGUCAAGCUGCGUCUCGGACACGAGAACGAACAACCGCCUGGAGAUCGCGCGCGGCGAGGACGGGAGGAGGACGCCGGAGGACGAGGGGUGCGCCGGAGUGGUCGACGGCGCGCUGGAAGCAGAGCUCGAGGCAGUGCCCGCGCGGCGUCAACCACCAGCUCUAGAGUGGACGUGCAGCACCGAGCAAGACACUGCUGAGUGCUCGAUGCAGUCGUCGCCGGACGAGGACGAGUUCAUCGAGCUGGAAGGAGGGCGCUUCGGCGGCGACGGCGGCGACGGAGGAGACUCCGACGACGGCAGCGAGCGGAACGAGGGAGGGGUCUCGGCGACCGAGCUGGAGCGGAGGCUGCACGAGCUCCGGCACCGGCGUGACCGGGAGCGGAUCUCGGCGCUGGAGUCAGCGCUGCGGCGCGCGGAGCGGAGGCUGACGGAGAAGGAGAUGGAGGCGCGGCUGUGGCAGGAGACCGCCGCGCUGGCGCUCGGGGGGCAGCCGGCGCCGCGCGACGCCGGGCGCGGACAGUGACCCCGCGGCGCGCCGUACUGGCGUGGCGGCUUCUGUACUCGUACGAUGCUCGGGAUCUGGUCCGCAGGUUAACGAUGAUCAUGAACAAGCUCCUCUUGGCUCUGAUUCUGAUCUGACAGAGUGUUACCAUAACCUUUUUAUUCGAUUGCUCGAUCAUCCAGCUGCCCAUGGAGAAAUAAGAACUCAAUCAGCUGGAGCGCGUUUAGUUGCAGUGUAGCAGCCAUCCACAUGUGAGAUUGUGACGUUGCACGACCGUACAGCAGAGGCGCGAACAUGCACGGCGGCCGCACGGAGGAACACGACGGCGCCUGCCGUGCCGUGGGCCGUUGCAAUCGGUUGCUCUCUCUCUCUCUCUCCCCCAGCGCAAAUCCAAUUCAGCCAUCGCCCGCUGGCGGGCGAUCCGCAUGCGCUGCGCCUGACGCGCUCCGCUCCGUGGGCCCACCUUUAGGAUGUUUCCCACCUGAUUACCUUAGUGUGCAUCCAGUUUAUUUCCUUUUUUCUUUAGUUUUCUAUUUUUUAGUUUUAAUUCUCAACAUGUGGGUAGCUACAAUCAUUACUAUAGACAAAUCAUUACUACAUCAAAUAUUUUUCUUCCAUUUAUUUUUUUUUUCAUUUUUUCCUUCUUUCCUUAUUUAACAUGUGGAUAGCUACAAUCAUUAGCUACAUGGCUAAUCAAAUUUAUAUGUUUGAAAA